AUGGCAUCGCUGGAACAUAGCCGCAGAGCUGUAAUAAAACAGGAUGGCGGUUGUCUUUGCACUGAAGCUGUCGUACAGACAAUGGCCAUGGUAAAUAUGAAUACGAAUACUUGGGAUCAUAACAUAGACGCCGAACUAUUUUCUGUGCUAGAACAUGAUGAGUGUAACAAGCAAGAAAAAUCUUGCUCGAUAUUAUUGCUUCUUAGUGACGACAUGGAAUCUAUUUUUGCUCAGUUAGUGACUUCUGAACUGAAGUCUAUACUCUGA